AUGGCAGCUUUUUAUUUUCUUUCUCUUUCUCUACAUCCUUCUUUCCCCCCUUCUCUUUGUAUGUCUGUCUGUCUGUCUGCCUCUCUCUCUCUCUCUCUCUCUCUCUCUCUCUCUCUCUCUCUCUCUCCUCCAUAUCCUCCUGAAAAAUUUAUUUCGGUUGAGCUCUCUGGGGAGGAAGUGAGAAAUGCUGACAAUUUCUCGGUGCACCUAAAAUACCCUUCUAUCUAUCUAUCUAUCUAUCUAUCUAUCUAUCUAUCUAUCUAUCUAUUUAUCUAUCUAUCUAUCUCAGCCUGUUCAUAUCUAUCUAUUAUACUUUUGCACGACGACACUGCAGGUGCAUCUGCCAAGUCCUUGUCUUUUCUUCGGGCAUCAGAGAGGACAGAAGUGGACAAGAUGGGCUCACGGCUUCAUGGGAUGCCAGAUCUCUUGUUCACUUUCAACAAGACUCGACUUCUUGACAUUGUCGCCCGGACAAUCUCUCUGUGUCCAGUUCGACCGUGCGCGGCCGCGGGCUGGCAAAGCGCUCUACGCUGCUGA